AUGGCCGACUCCAAACCCUUUGCGAAGUUCAAGCUCUUCCAGUAUGACCCGAAUCUGGCCGCCAAUGUGGUCUUCGCCGUUCUCUUCGCAGUCUUGUCGAUAUGGCACACGGUGGUUUUAAUUCGGAAACGGACGUGGUAUUUUAUCCCUUUUGUUAUCGGAACGUUGUUCGAAACAAUUGGAUACAUCGGCCGAAUCCUCGCGGCCAAUGAAGCACCCGACUUCACGCUGGGACCGUACAUCAUGCAAAGUCUCCUAAUUCUCCUGGCGCCCGCUCUGUUCGCUGCGUCCAUCUACAUGAUCCUCGCCCGUCUGAUUCGGCUCCUCGGCGCGGAACAGUACGCGUUGAUCCGUACCAACUGGAUGACGAAGGUGUUUGUGACGGGCGAUGUGUUGUCCUUUCUCGCGCAGGGUGCCGGCGGCGGCCUCCUCGCCAAAGUUAAAACCCUCGACGACCAAAAACUCGGCGAAAACGUCAUCCUCGCCGGCCUCGGCAUCCAAAUCCUCUUCUUCGGCUUCUUCAUCGUCACGACCGUCCUCUUCCACCUCCGGAUCACCAAGAACCCCACCCCACUCUCCUACUCUUCCACCACAGGACCCUGGCGCCGUCUCAUCAUCGCUCUGUACCUCAGCAGCAUUUUGAUCCUCGUCCGGUCCGUGUUCCGCAUGAUUGAGUUUGGCAUGGGGUUUGACGGGGUGUUGUUGUCGAAUGAAGGGUAUUUGUUGGGGCUGGAUGGGGCGUUGAUGGUGUUGGUCGCUGUGGUGUUGCUAUGGAGUCAUCCGAGUAAGGUGGUUAGGGGGCAUGUGCGUGGGGAGGAGGGGCUGGCGAGAGUGGAGGCUGGGAAUGGGGGUGUGACGGCGGAGGGGUUUCAGAUGAUUCCCAGGCAUAUGGAGGAGGAGAGUGGGCAGGGGCGGAUUGGGGGCACGCCGGAGAGGUAUGAUAGUGAUUCGUUGAGGGCUUUGAAGGGGAGGCGGUAG